AUGUCUUCCACCGCCACGACCACCCCAAACUCCUCAGCUGGCAGCUUGCCAGCUUCGACAAGCAGCGGCAGCACGUUGGCUGUUCCAUCGAGCGCAUCUGUGCUCGAAGCCAGCUUCUUACCCAUUGGGUAUUUCAAUGAAAAAAAUAAAGAAGCCAAUCCGGCUCCUAUUAAGGUUAGUAAAUAAAUAUAGUACAACAAAUUAUCUAAACUACAGUAUCGUUAUAAAAAAUACAUGAACUUUUAUAUUUUGAUAACCGUCUAUGUAUCACGAAUACUACAAUACUUUUACAACAAUAAUAAUGUAAUCAGACAAUAACUAUUAAAUAAUAAAAAUUUUCCGAAUUUUAGAACAAGGUAUGCCUUAAAAAAGCACGUCAACAAGGCCGAUAUGCCAAGGUCCACAAGUAUCUGGACGGUAUUGAGCGGGAGCUCGAGCUGCUUAAAGUAAAGCAGCUGAGCUGCUGCACCAAGCGGCAGAAGGAAAACAUCAGCUUCGAAGCUGAUCAAAUCUUGGCCAAAUGUGCCGUGAUCAAAGAGGGAAUCUUUGGCAAAACGCCAAAACAAGAAGCCAUGAAAGCAGAAGUCGCUAGCACCAGUACUAGCUAA